UUUCAAAGCUCCCUGUCGCGAAAGGCGCUGCAUUCGAUGCCCAGGCGAACGAACACGACCCUAACUGCCACCCCGAUACCCGUGUGGACCUUCUCGCCGACAUUCACAAAUGGAUCGAGGAUCCCAACGCAAAAUGCAUUUUCUGGCUGCGUGGCAUGGCCGGCACCGGCAAGUCAACCAUCUCUCGAACGGUGGCUAAAGAGCUUUCUGCGGCAAAGGUGCCUAGUGCGAGCUUCUUCUUCAAAAAAGGCGAGGGCGACCGCGGCAGCGCCGCCAUGUUCUUUACCACCAUACUCGCCCAGCUCGUCCACCAGGUGCCGGUCUUGGAAUCACAUGUCCAAAGUGUAAUCGAGAACGAUCCAGCCAUCGUCGACAAAAACAAGAAAGAGCAAUUCGAAAGGCUCUUCCUCGAGCCACUGAACAAGUGCAAGGUUGCCAGCUCCCCGCUGCUUGCUGUGGUGGUGGAUGCGCUUGACGAAUGCGAUCGAGAAGAGGACGCCAUUGCCCUUAUCCGCCUUUUCUCCAGAGCUAAGGAGGCGACAUCCAUCCGCCUCCGAUUCUUCGUCACCAGCAGGCCCGAGCUGCCCAUUCGCCUUGGCUUCGAAGACAUUGGUGGCAGCUACCAAAACCUGGCCCUCCACGAAGUUCCUAAGCCCGAUAUCGAAAAGGACAUUUCAACAUUUCUACGCUCAGAGCUUGGUAAAAUUCGGGAGAAGUUCAACAAAACGGUAGUCGGCUCGACGAUAUCGACAGACUGGCCUUCAUUUACCGACCUGCAAAGCCUUGUCAAUAUGGCUGUGCCGCUUUUCAUUUUCGCGUCCACCGCAUGUCGUUUCAUUGGUGAUGACAGGCACGGGGAUCCAGAAAAUCAGCUGGACAAGCUCCUUAAAUACAGAAAAAAAGGCGGGCGGUCUCAGCUCCACCAAACAUACCUCCCGAUUCUGGACCAGCUCCUUAAGGAUGCAGAUACAAAGGGUGACGAAGCUGCCAUACUUGAGUGGUUCCGCGAACUUGUUGGCGCUAUUGUGCUCCUCGCUGAUCCUCUCUCUACCACAUCGCUGGCACGACUCCUUGGCAAAUCCCAAAAGUAUGUGGGCUUGAAACUGGUUCGUUUGCAUUCUGUGCUCAACAUUUCGAAGGACCCAGCCACUCCGGUCAAGCCUCUUCAUCUUUCUUUUCAUGACUUUCUUGUGGACGACGACACCCACUCCUUCUGGAUCGACAAGCAAGAUAUUCAUAAGCGGCUAGCAGACCGCUGCCUCGAAUUGCUGUCAACCGGCGACACCCUUAGGAAGGACGUUUGCGAUCUACAUCAUCCUGGCACGCUCCGGUCCGAGAUUGAGCCGGGGAUCAUCGAUAACCGCCUGCCACCCGAGGUCCAGUAUGCCUGUCGAUACUGGGUCCAUCACUGGAAGGAGAGCAGACGGCAGAUACGAGAUGGUGAUCGGGUUCACCACUUUCUGACCGAUCGUCUGCUGUACUGGCUUGAAGCUUUGGGCUUAGCGGGGCGAAUCCGGGAAAGCUUCAACAUGGCAAACUGUCUGCUGGAUAUGCUCGAUGUAAGCAUUGCUACCAUUUUAAAUCAGUAUUAG